AUGGCCUCUGCGUCAGGCACUUUUGUGGGUCGAAGCAUACCAGUCGAAGUGGAUGAAUCCAUGCCAUGGUCGCCGUUUCCUGAACAUGGCUUGGAAAAGGCUUUGCAGCCUUCCGGAGAGGAUAUGGAGGAUGAGGGGUCCCAGAGACUGUGUGUUGCUCAGACACCUCAGCCUGUGGCCAAUCCAUCGUGCGUCUGCAGAGCGCCAGCAUGUCAUCAGUCAGCACGGUCCGUGGAGCCGGACAGCAGCUUGUGGGCAAAAUAUACUAAUCUCGAUGGAAAUGGAUGCGUCUGUUCCCCCGGUGAAUCAAUAGCUGGAGUAGUUCCCUCCAAGAUGCAUCUUGUAGCUAUGGACAAACCAGGCAUGCAGCCAAGAUCACAGCUUUCAGCUGACAUCGGGCACAACUCCAGUAAAUCAGAGCAGAGCUUGUCUGAUGCUCCCGAGGACUCGCUGGAGGAGAGCAGCCAAGGGAGUUCACAGUCACGGCAGCCCUCAGGAAACAGACCCCCAGCAGAGCUGGGGGCCAUGGACACGGGGUACAACUCCCAGUCACGAGACGUCAUGGGCAUCCGGCACCUGGAGCCCCCCUUACCGCUGGUGUCCGUGCUGAACCCUCAGGACCUCCCAGGACCACUGAUCUCCAGAGAGUUUUUUGGACCCGAGCAUCGGCAGUGCCCAAUGUGCCAGCACUUGCUCCAUCCCAACGGCCCCUCACAAGCCCACGGCUGCUUUGGGCACCGCUGCCCGGCCGAGCCACAGCCCCAGGGCCCAUAUGGCAGAGCUCCUUACCAGCAUUUUGUACAGACAUCGCAACCGCUUCCUCCUGUUCCCAGACCUUGCGUGAGAGUUAUCCGCCCGGCCCAGCAAGUCAUCCCAAAUUACUCAAACCUUCGUGCUCCCAAGGGCAUGGCAGACCGACCACCCCAGAGGACGUGCUCCUCCCCUGCUCCUCCUCGAUUCCCAAACCAGCUAUACAACCAGCUACCUAAUGGCCAGCUGCCCCCCAAGGCAUGCGGCCCGGAUGAAGCGUGCUGUUGUCCUUCUGACAAUUUUCCAUCUCCAGCUGCAGUCCCGAGGCCUCUCAGUAACCCUGCAGCCAAGGGAACCCUGAGAACCAGCAAUCUGCCGGAGGAGUUGCGCAAGGUCUUUAUAACCUAUUCUGUGGACACAGCGGUGGAGGUGAUGAAAUUUGUGAACUUCCUGCUUGUAAAUGGAUUUCAAACUGCU